AUGACUUUUUGUGUUGAAAGACCCAGGAGAGGUAAACCCAAUACGGGUUUCAAAGAGGAGUCAUCAGAAGAGGAAGUGGAACAACAAUAAGAAUCAUCUCAAGAAUAGGAAGAGUCCGUAUUUGAUCCCGAUAUCGAAUAAAUCUUGUGGAGGAGAGAGUAGGAAGAUGGGGAAGUCCAAUUUUACGUAAAAUAUAAGACUUAUUCUUAUUUAUGGUGUGAAUGGAAAAGUGAAUUAUAAAUUAUUUCUAAGGAUAAAAAUGGAAAAUAAAAAAUAAAUAGGUUCAACAGAUAGUUUGAGAAGAAGAUCAAAGAGUACGAUCCUGAUGAAUUGCUUGAAAUGAACUAUUUUGAUCCUUCCUUUUUAGAAAUUGAUCGAUUGAUAUCUUCAACUGAACUCUUCCCCAUAAUCCAUCCCAAAAAGGCCAACGAAAUCAAAGGCAAAUGGAAUGAGUACCUCUCCAUAAUCAUAUCCAAACUUCUUAAUUAUUCUGAAGGGCGGGUAAAAUUUGGGAUCUUUUUCAUGUAACCUGUCAAUCCUGAUACUGAUGGUUGUCCCGAUUAUCGUAAAAUCAUCACCUAACCAAUGGAUUUGGGAACUAUAUACAACAGAUUGUAUUUGGAAUACUACAGAAAUUCAUAGCAAUUCUGGUAUGAGUUGGGUUUGGUCUUUAAAAAUUGUAGGAAAUAUAACAGUAAUCCUGAGGGAGAAAUAAGAAAGUUAGGAGAUGCACUCGGUGAGUGUGCACUUGUUCUGUACUUUUAAUGGUUUGAAUAUACAAAUUAAAAAUAUCAAUAAUUGAUUAAAUUGAAGAAAUGUGAAGAGGACGAGGAAUAUAGAUAAUAAAUAAUAUCUGAAGUAGGAAAGGAGAAGUUGGAAGAAGAAAUAAAUCAAGAGAAGAUUCAAUUAUUAGGUGAUAUUGAAUUGUGGAACCCAGGGACAUAAAAUUAUCAAUGGUUUGAAGAUGAACCGAAUUUCCAGCCUAAACUCACUAUUGAGAGACAAGUUGAUCUAUUUUAGAACCAUGAAUAAUUAUAUCUAGUCAAAUGGAAGAACUUAUCGUAUCUCUAGGCCACUUGGGAAUUCAUCACUGGUUUUCCUAAUUCAUAGGCUAAACUCUUUGAAUUUCGUUCUUUCACAAGAUCCCUGGAUAAAGACAGUAGACAAUUGCAAAUUUAGAAUUGCAGAAGACACAAAUAAAUCUUGGAUUAUGAUUAAAAAAAGAAAAAUCGCAUAUCCUAAUAAGAGAUCUUAGACUUAAAGACUCAACUCUACCAAUUAGACAUUGGCAAGAAUAAGAAGCCUUAUCAAUACACUCCAAGAACAUAGACUAUAUAUAAGGACAGGAAGUUAUUGAGAGAUUAUCAAUUGGAAUCUUUGAAUUGGAUGAUUGAUGCUUAUUACAAUAAUAGAAACGUCCUUUUGGCUGACGAGAUGGGAUUGGGAAAAACCAUUUAAUCAAUAGCAUUCUUAAAUCAUUUGGUUUCAAUGGAGUCAUGUCGUGGUCCAUUUUUAAUUAUAGCUCCAUUAUCAACACUAUAACAUUGGAAGAGAUCUUGCGAAGAUUGGACAUCGUUGAAUGCAGUUCUUUAUUACGAUCAACAAGGUUAACCAGGAAGAUAAGCCAUAAGAGAUUAUGAAUGGUUCUACACAGACAUUUCCUUGAAAGGCAAUACCUUGCCAUCGUAAGAACUAUACAAAUUUUAAAUAUUGAUAACAUCCUUCGAAGUAUUCAAUUAGGAUCAUUCAACUUACAUUUAAUAAAUCCCAUUCCAAUUUAUCAUUGUGGAUGAAGCACAUAGAUUGAAGAAUCAGAAUGCCAAAAUAUUGGCUAGUCUUAAAAGAUUAGUGUGUUCAAGAAUUAUGAUUCUAACAGGUACUCCAGUUCAAAACAACCCAGAAGAAUUGUGGAGUUUGCUUAACUUUAUUGAACCUUAUUAGUUCCCAAAUCUAAACCAAUUCAAAUCCUAAUUUGGAGACUUGAACACUGCAGAACAAAUUGAGAAAUUGAAUAAAACAUUGAAACCCUAUAUUUUGAGGAGGUAGAAGGAAGAUGUCGAACAAUCGAUUCCACCAUUGUAGGAGAACAUCAUCGAUGUAGAGUUGACUAAUGUUCAGAAAACAUUAUAUAGAGCAUUAUAUGAAAGAAACAAGUCGGCAUUGAUUUAAGGGUUCUCCUAGUAGACAGCUCAGAUAGCAUCAUUGAAUAACUUGGAUAUGCAUCUACGUAAAUUGUGCAAUCAUCCAUUGUUGUUGAAGGAGAUGCAUUCUGAUAUUUUAGAGAAAAGCAAAGGAAAUGAGGGGGAAUACUAAAAGAUAUUAAUUGAGUAUUCUGGUAAAAUGGUAUUGUUAGACAAGAUGCUCAAGAAGUUCUUAAAGGAGGAUAAGAAGAUGCUGAUAUUUUCACAAUUCACAAACAUGUUGGCCUUGUUGGAAGAGUAUUUACAAUUCAACUAAAUCAAGUAUGAGAAGAUAACAGGAGACAUCAAAUAAAUUGACCGAUAAAAUGCCAUAGAUAGAUUUAAUGAUUAAAAGAAAGGAAGAUAGGUGUUUCUACUUUCAACCAAGGCUGGCGGUUAAGGAAUCAAUUUAACAGCAGCUGAAAUUGUUGUGAUAUUUGACAGUGAUUGGAAUCCUCAGAAUGAUAUUCAAGCAACGGCCAGAGCGCACAGAAUAGGACAAGAUAAAUAAGUUACUGUCUAUAGAUUCAUUACCAAGAACACUUAUGAAGCUAAGAUGUUUGAAAGAGCCUUUGCUAAAUUAGGUUUGGAUCAGGCUAUCUUUAUGAAUGGUGAAUUCAAGUCUUCUGAUCAAACCAAUAGGAAGUUGAGUAAGAAGGAAUUGGAGAUAUUGCUUAAGUAAGGAUCCUUGGGAUUGCUUGAACAUUUUGGAUAGGAAUCAAUCGAUUAGAAUAUUGAUGAUAUAUUAAAUAACACGAGAGUGGCCAAGUAUUCUCUAAUUAAUGGGGCAUAUACUAUCAGCAAACAAACCUACGUUCCAGAUUAGGCUAAUCAACAGAUUGAUAUUGAUGAUCCCAACUUUUGGUAGAAAGUACUCAAGAAUCAAGAAUCUAAGUCAUAGAAGAUUCUCAAGAAACUGUAGGAGGAUCAGAAUAUCAAGACAUUUUAGUAAUAGAAAGAGAUAAUGUUGGAGAGUUCAGAGUGUGUGAAUAAUAUCAUCUAAUCUAAAUUAAGUAGGGAAGGAUAUGAUGCUGAUGAGGAGAAUACAAUUUUGGAUAUUCUGAAUUUAAUUGAAUUCAGCAAGUUUUUCGAGAAGGAUUUCAAAAAUCUAGCCAAUAGUUGGAUUCUUGAAUUGAGUAAACCUUCCAGAAGAUUCAAAAAAAUCACAGAAAACGAUUUAAUGAUCAACACUGCCCCCACAUCAUAAUAAGUGAUUGAAACACCUAAACCAACUAAGAAUUUUGAAUUGAAUUGGUCAGAAUAUGAGGAAUACAAAAAGUUGUAAACAAAAUCCAGUUAAGAUUUGUAAAUAAGGUUGUGUGCAAUUUGUGAGAAGUAGAAAUGUGAUUUGUUUUGUAGGGGAUUCUGCAGAAGACAAUUUCAUAAGGAAUGUUUGGAAGGUGGACAAUAUAAUGGAUAGACACAAGGGGAAAUCAAUAUUAAAUAUGUGUGCCAGGAUUGCGAAAAGUAUAAAGGAACCUGUUUUGUUUGUCUAAAAUAAGGCACUUUCUAUCCGAAUCAAUCAAAGAAGAAAACUUAAUAGGACAAACAGUUUAUUGAUGAUGAUGGUUAUUAUGACAAUCAAGGAGAAUAAAUCAUAGUUGCCACUGGAAAGAUCACAAGAGCAAGGGCACAAUAGCAGCUCUAAUAAUAAUUAUCGGAAUUGGUUAAGUGCAGUUUGAAUUGUCAUAAGUUAUAUCAUUUCGCUUGUGUUUAAACUAGCAAGAAUUUCAAAAUUUUAGAUGGAGAACGUUAGAAAUUCAAAUGUGCUCUUCAUUUUUGUGAAAAAUGCAAAGAUAAAUCUAAUGAUGAUAAUCAAAAGAUGAUACAAUGUUUGAGAUGUCCGAAGAGUUAUCAUGAGAAAUGUGCUCCCAAGGGAAUAAGGAAGGUCACUAAGAAAUUCGUCAUCUGUCCUGCCCAUAAGGAAGAAUUGAUAUAGCCUAUCAUCAAGAAAAAGGUAAAAAUAGAACCUGCGCAAACUACUCAACCUUCAAGGAAAUUGAAAAAAAUAAAUAACGGAUCUGAUGUUGAAUAAUGA